AACCUCCCUUCUACACACACACACACACACACACACACACACACACGCAUGAAUACAGUCGCUCAUCUUCUCUCAUCGGGUGUUUGUCUUUGAAAUCAUUCUUUUUGUGCGUCGGUGCGCAGAGUGGAGGCUGUGGUGCAGUUGCACAGAUGUUUUCAGUUCGACGUCGUCCUCCGUCUCGUCUGGAUGCCCCCACCCUUGGGUGCCUGAGGAGAAGGGGAGGAUGGAGCCAGACAAGAUGGUGAUAUUAGUUUUUACAGACAAACUGUGAAGUUUGAGGUGAUGUUUAGCGAUGCAGCAGGGAACAGGAAGAAAAAUCACCACAUCUUCUCCUCGAAUUCUGCAGAGUUUCCCGCAAACCCAAGUCUGGUCUGUAUCAGUCUCCACUGCUGUCUGCAAAGCAGUAUGAACUGCGCCAGCCCCAUUCCACUGCAUACCCGUUCAAUACUUAACUGAAGUCAGCGUCUUCAGAAGGAACCAAGGAAGAUGGGGACAAUCAGGAGAAUCCUCCAUGUCAAGGGAGAUGUGCUGUGCACGAUGCUGCUACUGGUGCUAUUCUCUCUGCUGCUCUAUGCCCAUCAGGUUGUGCUCUCCUCUGGGUGGGACAGACCUGUGUGGAAGCUGGAGAUCCAUGGCUCUACCAGCUCCAGCAGGACAUUGCUUGGCGCUAGCAAAGCCAAAGCAGGCCAGGAGUCUCCCGGGAUCCCAUCCAGCCCUUCAGAGACACAGCUGCCUCCGUGCAAACCCCAGUCCAAGUCCAAACCUCCUCUGUCCAAGUCCAAACCUCCUCUGUCCAAGUUGAAACCUCCUCUGUCCAAGUUGAAACCUCCUCAGCUCAAGUCCAAACCUCCGCAGCCCAAGUCCAAACAUCAGGUCAAAUCUAAGGGGAAAUCCAAGUCUCAACGGAAAAAUGCUGUCCCAACUAAGACCAUUGGCAAGCCCCUGCCUACGUUGCCACCAUUUGACUUUGAGGGCUAUCUGAGAGAAAAGGACAACAGAAACUUUAAGCUGCUCAUAGACCAGCCAGAGAAAUGUCACAUUGGAGGAGCAGAGGAGGAAGCAGGAGAAGGAGGAAGUAAAGGGUCUACCACUGCUCCCUACAUGCUCAUUGCGGUGAAAUCUAUCCCUGCAGAUUUUGAUAAACGUCAGGUGGUACGUCGGACCUGGGGUAAAGAGGGACUUUUUCAAAAUGGUGUGUCCAUCCGGACUGUUUUCCUGCUGGGGGUUCCCAGGAAUCGGACUGCUCUGCCUCUUUGGGAUCGGCUCAUGACCUACGAGAGUCAAACCUUUGGAGAUAUCCUGCUUUGGGACUUUGAAGACACCUUCUUCAACCUGACGCUGAAGGAAACACAUUUUCUGAAAUGGGUUAACAGCAGCUGUCCUCAUGUCAAAUUCAUCUUCAAGGGCGAUGCUGAUGUGUAUGUUAAUGUGGAGAAUAUAUUGGAGAUGCUGCAAGGUCAAAAGCCAGACAAGGAUCUGUUUGUUGGUGAUAUUAUUAUCCAUGCUAAACCAAUUCGGCGGCGCAAUUCCAAAUACUAUGUGCCAGAGUUUGUUUAUGGAGGGGGUUUGUACCCGAAUUACGCUGGGGGAGGAGGGUUUGUCAUGUCGGGACAUACGGCUCGGAGACUUAGCUCUGCCUGUCAACAGGUACGUCAAAGUUUGACAGUUUUAAUAUUUUUGUAUGUCUGUUUUUACAAUUUUUUGAUUCACAAUGUUUUUAUUCACUUCCAGGUGGAGUUGUUCCCCAUUGAUGAUGUCUUUCUAGGAAUGUGCCUCCAGCUGAUCGGCGUCAAACCAUCACGCCACCAGGGCUUUCGGACCUUCGGAAUUACCCGGCCAUCUGCAGCACCCCACCUUCAGACGUUUGACCCCUGUUUUUACAGGGAACUCAUGGUUGUUCACAGCCUCAGUGUUCCUCAGAUCUGGCUUAUGUGGAACCUCCUGCACGACCCCAGACUGAGCUGCCACAACAGGACUAGCCAGACAUCCUUGCCCUUUAAGUGGAAGGAUAAGAUGGGUGAAAAGGUGGGAGAAGAGAAGGACUAUGGUCAGAAACAGGUGUUUAUUACGCAUUAGCGACUCCCUGCAGGGCCGAUUUGGGAUCUGCAAGAGCCCCUAGUAAGGACGAAAUGGUUAAAAAGCAGGAUUAUGGCCAACAUGAAAGGCUUGAGGUGACUUCAAAAGCACAGUUGAGUCAUAUGGGACUUUAUCCAAGAUGGUAGAUCAUCUUUGGGGAAAUGAAUUGGCAAAGGUCUAAUGUGCUUCAGAUUUUUCAGUAAGGGAAGAGAAGAGAAUUUGGGCUUUUGCCACCCAAGCCCAUCUGUGUGAUCACACAGUGAACAAGCAUGCAGCAAGACCUUGAUUUACAUAGAUUUUGAGAAGACUAUUGAAUGUGUAAUCUUCAGAAUGUAUUGUGUUAUAAUUGUUUACACAGAGACACAGUAAGAGCCACGAGGACAACUUAACUGACGUGUGGUUAGCUGGUUUAACCCCAUCCAAGCGUGAAAGCAUCUGUGUUACUGAGACCUCAGCAUUAGUAUAAUAUACUGACUCACAUCGGACUGCGUAGACAGCCAGGACUGGUGACGGCUGUGUGUACUGGGGGAGUGGAAAGACAGUAGAGACUUUUUUGUGUUUUCACCGUGAUCACAGAAUCACUGGCAGAGAUGUUCUUCACUCCAUGGAGCCGGAUGCAGGCACAAAUCGACAGUUAGAUUACCUGUUCCCUGGAGGAACAACAAAUGAAGCCUAAAUACAAACCAGCUGGGACACACAGACAAAACCUUGAUCUAAUGUUUGCUGAAUUUUUGAGUCAAGUAUGUGUACUUCCAUGUGAACGCUAUUAUUGAAUACUAUAAUAACUUGAUUUGUUUUGUGUAAUUGUGUGUUUUUCGUUAAAACUCUUUGUCAUUUCAAAAGCAAAACAUGUGCACAGAACUAGACGGAUCAACAUGGAUCACAUUUGUGUGUCUUCUAGUGCGAUUGUUCGACUUGCUCACGUGGUCUGGACUUCAGCUGGUGCCCUUUUUGCUAUGCAGUUGCGUGGCUCUCCAGGCUGAAAUAUCUCAACAAGUAUCAGAUGGAUUUCCAUGAAAUUUAGUACAGACAUUCACUGAGCUAAUAUGGCAACAUUAAAUUCAACAAAUUAGCACUGAAUGCAAGAGAAUGUUCUUAUUGAUAUAAUAACUUGGCAACUGUUUGCUCUUGUAAACAUCAUGUCCGAAAUAUAGCAAUUGAAUUGUAUGUAGCCUACAUUCAAGAAAAAAAAAUCACGAGUGAUAUGAAGGUGAAAGAAAGAAAUGUGCCUUUCGAGGCACAACACAAACUGUGAAUGACAAAGUUUGAAUGCGCACCGGAUCAUUUUGAAUAAACACAA